AUGCCACUUGAGCGCCAUCUGUCUGGUAGAACCUUUGUGGUUCAUGCCAAUGGCCAGCGGUCCCACUACAUUCUCGAUGACUUUACCGAUCCCUGGAAGCCGCGAGAGACAAUCUUGAUCCAGCAUGGUUUUGGCCGACAUGCUGCAUUCUGGUACCACUGGAUCCCUGUGUUGGCCCGGAAGUACCGCGUUGUAAGGAGAGACCUGAGGGGUCAUGGGUAUUCCAGCUAUCCGGCUCCAAAGCCACCAGGAAGUGCGGAGAACGACCAAAACGGUGCAAGACAGGAAAGCGAGUACAAUUAUGAUGUGGAUACCAUACUGGGAGAGAUUGUAGAUACGCUGGACCAGUUGGGAAUCGAAAAAGUGCACUUCCUGGGCGAGUCAACAGGCGGAAUGCUGGGCGAAAUACUGGCGGCUCAGUUUCCAGAGCGACUCCUGAGCUUGACUAUAUGUUCAACGCCCACACAUCUCCCCCCUCCAGCUCUCCGCCUCUUUGCAUUUGACGAGAAAGACUGGCCAACAGCGUGUCGUCAGCUGGGGUCGCGGGGAUGGACAGAAGCACUCGCGCGCAUACCUGGAACGAUUCCAAUUUCCGAUCCUGAUUAUCUGCCGUGGUACCUGGAGCAGGUGGCCGUCAGCGAUGGCGAGGGGCUGGCGCAGUACGCCGAGUUCUUAUCGACGCUGGACACUCGGUCUUGGCUGGAGAAGAUCAAAGUGCCAACCCUGAUACUGAGUCCAACGCAAAGCGCAGCUGUCAAGACCUCAGAUAUGGAAGACUUGAAGCAGAUAAUUGAAGGAAGUCGACUGGUGCUGAUUGAUGGGCCCGGGCAUGAAAUCUAUGUCACACAAGCAGAAAAGUGUCAGCAGGCGUUCAUGAAAUUCUUGGAGGAUCUCAAAUAG